AUGCAGGCUGUGUGGUCUCUCCUGCUUGUGAUCGUCUGCGUUGUCGCGGCAAAAGUGCAGCAAGUCGCUGCCGCAGAAGGACAGGCACAAUGGCAGGACAUCACGCAGGUCGUCGUCUCGAACAUCACAGUCGUUGAAGAACCGAAUGCCAGACAGGAGGAGGAAUACACGCGGCUACAGAAUCGAUUGCAGAGAUCGACUGGGACAUGGAAUGCAAAUCACCCGCGGCACCGGCUGCUCAUGGCGCUGUAUGGGUUCACUCGGUACAAGGAGCGCAACCUGGCGGAGGUGAAGCGCUGGCGGGAUAUGUAUAAACAUGUCCCGAAGAACCAGCAGAAACUCGUUGAACAGACCAUCGGGUACACGCGCAAGCUGAACACGGUCGAGCACCUGUUUGAGGACAAUGACCGGAUCGCGGCGGACGUUGUGCGACACGGACUGGAAUUCUACGAUAUCCCGCGGAAAGAACUGGACGAGUUUAUCAAGGACAUGCAGAAGGAGAAAAAGGGGCCCGACCGCACGAGCGUCGUCCAGGGAAUGAAGCAUUUUGUGCGCGACUGGUCGGAGGAAGGACUGUUCGAGCGUGGAGACGCAUUCAAGUGCAUCCUCGACAAUCUCGCGAAGAUGGACCGUUCAGAGGACAAGCCAAUCCGGGUAUUGGCACCAGGCGCAGGAGCAGGACGAUUGGGAUACGAGAUCGAUGCUCUAGACGGCUUCGAGGUGACAAUCAACGAAUGGUCGAUGUAUAUGAACCUCGUCCAUCGAUACGCAGUCCAAGUCGCCUCGCCAAACAGUCUUGCCUAUUAUCCAUACAUUGACUGGUGGUCGCAUCAGGCUACGACAUCCGACAUGCAGCGCGCCGUGCGGUUUCCCGACUGGAUUCCGUCUACUUCAAGGGUCGUCAUGGUCGAGGGCGACUUCACCACGCUCUUCUCAGACUCGGAGGCAGGUUCCUACGAUGUCAUUGUAUCGUUAUUCUUUAUAGACACCGCGCGGAACCUGAUGGCCUACCUGGAGAACAUCCACCGGCUGUUGAAGCGCGGCGGGACGUGGAUUAAUCUCGGACCAUUGCUAUACGGAACCGGGCCAUGGCUGCAGCUGUCAUUGGACGAGAUAAUCAAAGUCAGCGAGGCAUUGGGCUUUGAAUUUGACGUAGACGAGUCGGAGCCAGAUGUAUGCGGGACGCCAACAGCAGGAGAAGGGCUGGAUGGGAAGGCCAGGAGUCUGUACGUGCCCUAUGCCCAGAACCCAAAGGGGCUGAGUCGGAAUGCAUACGAUGCCCAAUUCUGGCGAGCGACGAAGAGAUAG